CUCCCAUUCACUCACAUUUAUCUCCAUGCUGUCCUGUGCAGGAUCCCAAGCAAUCCUAUUUAUUUGCAAAUUUCACCUGAAAUUACAGUCAGACCCUCCUGAUUAAUCACGACCCUACUUAAAAACCAGUUGGAUUCGUACCUUGCUGAUCAGAACCUCUCUAUUCCCCUCUUCUAGACUUGCUUUCAACUCUGCUUUGAACAACUCACGGAAGGGAUUUCUCUUGAUAUGGAUCCUAACCUCCCCUCUCUAUCUGAUGUUCUUUACCAAGAACUAAGAUCGACCGUUCGCGGAGACACAUACCGGAGAGGCGAUCCCAGUUUUCUGGACUAUUCUAGCAUGUUUAAUGGCGACAUCAAAGUUUCCGCUAUGGCUGUCGUAUGUCCCCUUGACGCUCCAGACGUUAGCCAAGUCAUCUUGUUCUGCAGAAAGCAUUCGAUUUAUGCUUCCGUUAAGGCCGGAGGUUAUGGCACCGCUGGUUGGGCAGUAGGAGGCGACAUUAUUAUCGACCUCUGCAAGAUCACCGACAUUGACAUCGAACCUCCCGCUGCCGAUGGCUCCUUUACGAGUAUUCGAGACAUGUCCUUGCUUAGCAGCAAAGGGAAGGUCAAAGCGGGCCCUCCCCUUUUAGAUAGAUCUGCUACUGUUGCUAGCAGCAAGCGAAGAAGGGAAGACGACGACGAGCUGAGGUCUUACGACCUGGCAUCUGCAACUGUCGCAGAUUUUCUUUACCCAGGAGGAUCAUCCACCCCAUUUGCCGAUCGUCCUCCCGUCACUCGACGAAGGUUGGAAUUCGCGGCUCCCGCGGUGGAGACUCCACAGAUGUCCACUUAUCCUGCGACGUUGGGCAGUAGUCAUGACCCUAACGCGACGUUGUUAUCCUCUAACUCCCUUGGUUCUUCUAUUGCCAUGGUUUCUCACCCCUUGGCUUUUAAUCUUCCAUCCAUGGACGAUGCCACUACCGCCGUUUCCCCACCUUCUCCGCUACCAGAUACCAGUUCAAAGCCCCCCUCAUGUUCAUCCCCAUUGGAUGACCCAUUUUCCUAUCUAGAUGACGCACCCAACAACCCCGUACCACCUGUUGCCUCCACUUCUCGACUUGCACAGUCCAUGCCCAACGCAUUGUUUGCCACGCCGAGUUUCCUCGAGUCUCCGACUAACUUUCUAACUUACGCAAUGCCCAUCUACUCUCAUGCCUUCAUGACAUUUGGUGCAGGAAAGAGACAGAAGGAAAUCGAUCAGUUCUCAGCGGCAAACCCUUUAGAAGCGAUGUCACUAGCUGGCGGACGUGGCGCUGUCCCAUAUCACGUUCCAUCUGCGGCUCAUCCUGUUGGUUCAGCGAUCAUGAUCUUGGGAGGCUUUGGAUUCUUGGGCCGUCUUCAUGGCUUGAGCAGUGACAACUUGGUAGAAGCAGAAGUCGUUCUGGCAGACGGUCAGAUCGUCGUGGUCAGCCACAAUGAACACCCAGAUCUGUGGUGGGCACUACGCGGUGCUGGCCCAGCCUUUGGUGUCGUUACACGCUACAAAGCCAGAGCUUAUCCAGUUCCCGUCGUCUUUGCGGGUAAUCUCAUUUAUCGUUUUCAUCGCGCAACUGCGCCAUCACUAAUCAAGCACUUUCGCGAUUGCGUCAAGGGUGCUCCCCGGGAAUUGUAUGCCAACGUUCUGCUUACGGCUGGUCCUGCAGGGCAGGAUUCCUUAGUUGUUAUCCAGAUGUGUUACGUCGGUCCCAAGAUAAAGGGUCAGGAGUUUUUACAGGCCAUUUCAUCGUGGGACGGUGGACGGUGUCUUCUCAAUGAGGUCGAUGAGAAGUCCUUCCUUCAUCAACAAGACAGCGUUGCACAGGUUCUCCGUGGAAAAGCAGGAAACAAGUGGUUCAUACGAUCUGCGCUUAUUAGCUCGCUUCCGGAUGAUAUCGUGAAUAAGACGGUCCUUCAAUUUGCGGACACGCCUGUUGGCUGCACGUGGUUGUUCGAAUUGGCUGGUGGCGCACUCGGCGAUUUCGAGGAUAAUUGCUUCCUUACUGUUGCCGCGUUGCAUCAGUGGGAUAUUGAAUUCCAAGAUCCCCGUUGUGUCCAUUCCGCGGAGGAGUGGAUUGCAGAAACUUUGGCACCGGUGACGCUCGGUGGCCCCUUGCCAAGCUUCUUAGGUAGACAGGAGCCUCCUGGUCGUGUCAUUGCUUGCUACGGCGAGAACUGGGCUAGGCUGUGCGAGGUGAAAGAGAAGUAUGACCCUGACAACUUCUUCAGGAAUUCUUUUUGGCCACUAAAUGCACAGGGGGAGAUCAUUGAACCCGAAGAGCAUGAGCCUCAGCACAUCCAGUUCUGAGCCAAUUAAGUGCUUCUCGCUCCGUUAUUUUGCUAUGUAUUUAUGUAUAGUCGCACCGGCGGGAUCUAGGGCCAAGGUUGUUGCAUGUUUGUACGCCAUAGAUUUUAUGGGUUUUUGGGCGUGCGGAUACGGUGAUUAAGACUGUAGCUACGUAGUUUUUUUUGGUUAGACCAAUCUCUGGACACGAUGUUUGGGUACAUGUUAAUGUCACAGCUAUGCUUUGUUC